AUGAAGUUCAUCAUAUACAUUUUUAUCUUGCUUCCUAUUCUUGUGCUCAUACUUCAAGCCACGCCGGCUGCUGGAUGGGAGACGGAAACCGUAACUAAGACCGUGACGACAACCACAACCGAUUACGAGACCGAAAUCGAAACUGAAUACAAGACGACAACCACAACCGAUUACGAGACCGAAAUCAAAACUGAAUACAGGACUAAAACCGUUCCAACUACCGUUACCGUCAAGACGCCUGUAACGAGAAUCAUAACCGCCACGGUGACUACCACAGAAACGGUUAAAACAGUCACUCCUCCUCCAAGGACUCACAUACCUCCCUCUGAUCCAGGAAUUGAGGAGAGGUAUGAUAAGGCUGAGAUCGAUGGCGAGCUUACUGUAAUCGAGCAAUUGAACGAUCCGUUAAAUGAUACGGGCGCGUUUUAUUACAUAGCGACAACUCUGAUAAAUGGUAAUUAA